AUGUCUAUUUCGAGAGUCUUCUUCUCUGACCUGAAGUCCGGCAAAUGCUCCUCCGUCGUCGAGGCCCGGCUCCUAUGGUUCUGGGAGGCGAGGAACGUCAAACGCGGUGGCGAGCUGAUGUGGGUCGAUAUGCUACUUAUGGACGUGAAUUCGACUUUGAUCCAAGCUACUAUCAACCCGAAUCGGCUUCCAAGGUUCCGAGAUAGGCUCGCCGCCGGGACGAUGUACUCUGUCUCUGGCUUUGACGUGGCUCGCUGUGCUCAGAACUUCAAGCUUGCGGACUCUUCUUUGAUGAUCCGGUUUAACGAUUCCACCGAGUUUGACGUGUUAUCUGAUCCGGUCUCGCCAAUACCUGCAGAGGGAUUCCGGUUCCGUAACCAGACCGAGUUGGUUGGUUUAGCCAAUACAAACACUCAGCUUCCAGCCACUGAGCUCUCUGAUCUCAAUAUUAAACCUGUAGAUAUUAUUGGUGAAAUCGUGGCGGUGAAGAGCACCGUUGAUGUGUCUGUCACUCUUAGUCUGUUUGACGCUCAAGCCGUUUCAUUCCACCAGAAGCUUGGAGGCAUGCAUGAUGAUCCUAAAGUGAUUGUUGCCACAAGCAUAAACCCAAAGAUGGUUGGAGGUCGUUUAUUCCUCAACGCGACGUCAGGAACACAUGUUUAUUAUGAUAAGGAGACACAUGCAGGAGAAGACACUGGUCUUCCGUCUGCCGCACCUCUCUUGAAGUCUUAUGCGAAGGUUGAGCCUGUGACAAUUGCAGAGCUUAACCAUUUUAUCACUACAGAUCCGCCCCAGCAGCAGGAAAUAGAUUUCUUAUGCACUGCGAGAGUUUCUCGAGUUGAAGCGGACAAAGGGUGGUGCUAUGUUGCGUGUUCUAAGUGCAGCAAGAAAUUGCAACGCACUGUCACUUCUUUCGAAUGUGCACGCUGUAAUAAUCCUCAUGCGGUCGGAUCUUUACGUUAUCGUGUUGAGAUGGUUGUAACUGAUGAUACUGCGGAAUGGACAUUUGUUUGCUUUGAUGGUGUUAUGACUAAGUUGCAUAAUCUCAGGGCAAGUGAGGCGGUCCAGUUACUGGCUGAAGAAGGAGUGAACCCUGAGGAUUCCGUGAUGCCUCCGUUCGUUGCAGGAAUGGAAGGCAAGACCUACACUUUCCAAGUCCUUGUCACGCCCUACAACUUCACCGUCAACCACAAGACGUUCACCGUAUCGCGUAUCAUCAAUGAGGUUGAGCGUGCACCAGCUCCAGAAUUUGUCGAUGAUGAAGGUGAUGACAAUGAUGAUGAUGAUGCGCCAGACGGACCUAACAACCGUGAGAAGUCUGGUUCCGGCAAGGGCAAUUGUGAGUCAUCAAAGAGGGCUGGAAAGGAGCCAGUCGGUAAUAUGCGUAAGAGGGCGCGUAUUGCUUAAGAUGGAUCUUCGAUAAUAAUCUCUCGAUAUUCUGCAGCUUAAUAAUGUUUCUGCAUUCUUCUUUAUUCUCAUCUUUACUCUAUCUAUGUUAUGGAUUUUCUACAAUCACGUUGUUUUUUUUUGUUUUUCAAACUCUCUACUUUAUGGUUGCUAUGGAUGCUUUUUAUAUUGAGUUGACAUAAGUUUAAAAAAGGAACAAGUUGAUGCUUUA